GCGAAACCAACUACGCUUUCUCAACAUCCUUUAGUGAAAACGAAACUUUAGACAGUGUUGCUGCGGAACUCGGGCGAGUGCAACGGCGUCAGUUUCGCUGAAGACACACGAAUAGUAGUUCACGUUAUCAGAUCUUCAUCAAAAGAAACACUGAAAACUAUUGAACAAAGAUAAAUAAAGAAAGGGCCAUGUGGUGCCCAGAUUGUCAUCAUGUAGCUGUGGAGAACACUGCUAAGUUCUGCAGCCAAUGUGGCAAAAAACUUUUACCACACGAAAAACAUGGAGGUCCAGAUAGCAUGGGUGAUCGAAUCAUGGAUGUCACCAUGGAGGAUGAUGCAGUGGUGAAAGUGGAUGAUAGCCUCUCUGCAGAUAUGAAAGAUGUAAAGCCAUUAAAAGAACAAAAGAGACCUUCUGAAGACCAAAAUGAAAUUCCAAGGGCUAGGAAAAAGAAAAAAAAGAGCAGGAAAAAAGUACAAACAGAAGAACGUCUUUCUAUCGCAGGUGACAGGAGUAGUUCAGACUUUUCUGACAUUACCCAAGAUGAAAAUGCAUCAAGUCUACAAGACAUCAGUCUUGAAACAGUGGAAGAGAAAAAAGAUGUGGAAAACAAUGUUUCAAAUCACCUAGAAAAUAAUGAUAAAGGACUUGAUGGCAACAAAUCUGAAAAUCAUGAUAUACAAACGGAUGAAAAUGAACAACUGAGCUUAGAAGCAGGAGUUGAAGCAGUAUCUAAGGGAACAUUGAAAGCUGAAGAUGAAGUUAAAGACUCGGGUAAGGACUGCAAGCAUAGAGAAGACAGCACCAAAAAUCUUUUGCCACUAAAAUCUGAAGACCAGUCUGCCAGUGAUUGUUUAAAUGAUUUUCAACACUCUGAAAGUAGCCCUAUAUCAGCCCCAGCAGACAGUCCUGCCUUUCCAACGCAUGUACAAGAGAUGGACUGCUCAGUGGGUAAGAAGAAGAACUAUGCACAAGUAUUGAAAGAUUCUAUCAAACAAAGCCAAAGUUCAGCAGAAAAAAUUGAAAAUGCUGAACAUGAACCAACUACUCCAAAUUCAGCAACGAUGGAACAAAGUACACACGCAACACCAAAGAGAGGUUCUCCAUUAAAUGCAGGAAAAAAUAAAGGUGAAAAGGAAAGAGAAGAUGACUGUUUACAAGAAAACCAAAGUCUACCUAAAAAAAGUAAAAGUCCUGAGCUGGAAUCAACUUCUCAGAGUUUAGCUAAGGCUAAACCAAAUACAAAGGCAAAGAAAGAUUCUUGCAUAAGUGGAGGAAAGGACAAAGGUGAAAAGCAAGUAGCAGGUGACUCUCUGAAACAGUCAAAGACACAAAGUACUGACAGCUCACCGGCACCUGAUGUUUCCACCUCUGCUGCUUAUAAAGACAGUCACAAAAAAGAUAGUAACCUGAAAUCAGAUUCUAAUAAGACAAAAGGGAAACAAAAAAAUGUCAAGUCCCCUGCAGUAUCACAACAACACAGGCAACAACAACCACAGCAAAUUCCACCUGAUGAAAGGCUUACAAUUUACUUCCAUGCUAUUUUAUCCAAGGAUUUUAAUUUAGACAGAGAUCGAGAUAAGGUCUUUCUACGUGCUGGAGAUCCAAUUGGAAACUGGGAGGAAAAUUUGACUGAAAUUACUGUAAAAAGGGAUCUAAAUGAAUAUGGGUUGCUAGUUGAAGGAUGCUUAGUUGUUUCUAAGAAAAAUCUGAAACAUGUCUCAAUACCUUACAAGUAUGUCAUCUGUAAAGCAGAAAAAAAGGACGUUCAAUAUGAACAUAUUUAUAAGGCUGACAUCACAAAGGUUGCAAACCGAUGCUUAUUCAUAAGGGAAAAUCUUUUAGAUGAUAGAGGGGAGUGGCAUCAAUAUGAUGAUUUUAUUUGUGUCGAGCCCAAUAAGAGUUUCAUUGAAAAAGUGAAAAAAAAACUUUGGGGGAUUGAAUCUAAUGUUGUGAGUGGAAGAAACACUGCUGGGAAUGUGAUGCUGGAAACUAUCUUUGAACUUCUCACUAACUGGACUGAAAUAAACUUGAAGAGCUUUUUUGUGCAACUGAACCAGUUUUUCAUGACCUACAAGGAUCCUUAUGUUUUUGAAGAUAAGGCAAAAAAAUGGAAGUCAUUAAACUAUGGAGAAGAGGAGGUUAAAAGAUUACUGAAGAAGUUUAUGAUCGAAAGGAUUCUUAAUGCACCAAUGGACUUGGAAAAAGGGAUUUUCAUUACUGACAGCCUAAAAUCUGCAAUGGUUAUAGUGAUUAUUAGCAGAAGAUUUCAUAUUUAUUUAUCAUCAGAAGAAAUUUCACAGAUAUGUGGCAUUUUGUGUGUAUCACAAAUGCCGAAGGACAAGUCUCUCAACUAUUACAGAGAACUUUCAAACUGUUUUGCAAGUGAACUAAAAAAUCUUGAGGAAGCAAUCACUGGCUUUUGCAAAACAGCUAUAAUGUUUAGAAAUCCACACUGGAUUAAGGUGAUCCCAUUGCUACACUUUGUAAAUGGAGCAUGUAAACCAUUUGAAUAUGUUCCGGCUGUCCCACACAUGACCAUUCGUGCUUGGGCUGGACUACAGAUGUUUAGUGAAGGCACUGACAUAAGAUUCGCUGAUGCAAGUGCUUUACUAGAUAUCAUCAAAGCUAAGAAGCAUUUAUUCGAAGCCGACAAGAUUCUUGCUAGAUCUUGUCUUCACUUGAUGAAGUUAGAAGAUUUGUCCAGAUACUUUGAAGCUGUCUAUGUUGAGCUGUUUGAUGUUCUUUAUGGACUUUUCCACAAAUUAAGUGGAAUUUAUUAUAGCAACUUUGAGACUGUUCUUGAACUCUUCCUUCUUUUACACACAAAUCUUAGCAAGGAAAUAUACAGUUUGUUUGAAGACCCCUAUCCUGAAUCCUGCUUAAAAAUGGCAGUAAAGCUGCUUCAGAAAGUUUGUGAGUCAACAAAAGAUCAACGAUAUUUUCAAAUUCCUCUCCGGUGUUUGAGCAUUGUGAUCCUCAUCUCAGACUUUGUUACAUCUCAGACUAUUAAGGUUUCAGACAAUGCUAAAGAGGGAGAGGUGAAACCUACAAAUAAUGCCGGGCUCAAUGAAGCCUUGGAAAUUAAGAGAAACUGGAUAAAGGAGACAUUUAAAAGCAAGCUGCUUAUUCGUUACAACUACGUUCGCUUUAAUUCUGAGUUUGAAAUAGAGAUGUGGAGCAUGCUGCUCUCACUAUCUUUUAGAGAUGAGACAACCACUGCAUUUUGGAGGAAGACUCUUCUAAAUGAUUUUGAAGGAAAGCUUAAACAGGAGACCCCUCUGCAUCAGAUUGAUAUUUAUUGCAGUGAGAAUGACAAGAUAAGACAGUUAAGUUCUGUUCUGUCUGACUGUUUUGAAAAAUGUGCUUUUGAUGCUGUUAAUUUUAUUUGCCAGGAAAAGUCUGAAGCAAAACUAUUUGAUCUGAUUAAGAAGCAUGACCUGUACAAGUUUGGUGAACUAGUGUCCAAGAUUAUUGAAAAGUCUUGGCCUAAAGACAAUAAAGGAAAGUUUCUUGAUGGUUAUGAUGUGGUAGUUGAGCAUUUGCUUGGAUGGUCUGCUGCGAAGAAUGUUUUCCAGCUUCAAGGUGCUGAUGGGAAAAUCAUUGAAAAUCUAACAGACAAUGCCAAUGAGCUGAUUGCUGUAGCAAAUUCUGCCUUUACAGCCAUAGCAGAGCAGUUCAUUCAAGGCAAUAUUGAGAUAAAGUAUUUAAAGAAGAUCCUAAAGAGAAAGGAUGAAUUUCUUGUUUUGCUUAAAUUAUGCCAUGCUGAGAAUAAAAGAUGUAAAGAUGAAAACAUUAUGAAGAAAAUUCUUAAAUGGCGUGAAAAUGAACUUUGUGCUGUCUUGCAUGAAAAAGAAUUGGUGACCAGCUUUCUUACAAUGUGUAGGAAAAUCAACGAAUACGUGAAAGUGGACAUAGAAUUUCUUGAAGAAAAGGCUUGUCAAAAUAUUGAUGAUGAAAAACUAGAUGAAGCAGUUGAAGUACAUCUACUGGAUAAUGUUAUUUACACUGAAAGUCCAGGAACUGUUUCUUACUUUAAUUUGAAUGAUCAAAUUAGAGACAUGGCUGAAAAAAUCAACACUUUCAAAGACUGUCAUAUCUUUCAAAUCUUUUGGGAGAAUAAAGCAAAAACCUUGGCAGUAACAGAUACUAACACAAAUGAGAUUUUUCCUGACCCAGAUUUGAGUAUCACUACUGCAGAAGAGGUAUUAGACAUAAUUUUUGAACCUUGUUUUGAGGAAUACUGCUGCAUUUUUGAACGAAUUAAGAAUGCAUCUAUCACAUUGGAGGAAGUGGAUACAGUAUUUAAAGACUAUAAAGAUUUGUAUGAAAAUCUUACUAAAGAUCUUCAAAUUAUGAGCAGACUAGAAAAAGACAGCAACAUGAUGUGGGUUACUAAUCGAGUUCGACAAAUCCAGCAGUAUCACCAGUUGCAUCUUGCAGUGGAAUCAGCUAAUGUCAUUCUUGAGGUAAAAGAAGCACUUGGACUCGGUGGAAAUUUUAAAAUAUUACAGACACUUUUGAAUGUGACUCAGGAAGACUUCAAAAAAGAUACCCUUGAUCGCAUUGAUAAUGAGCUUAUUAAGGCUAAAGAAAUAUUAGAAGACAUUACAGACACACGGCGAAAGUGUUUACUUGAAUUGGGAAAUAGAAAAAACUUAAUUAACUGGGUAAAAGAGUCUCUUGAAGAUAUCAAUGAGCUGAAAGUGUUUGUGGAUUUGGCAUCCAUCUCUGCUGGAGAGAAUGACCUUGAUGUGGAUCGUGUGGCUUGCUUUCAUGAUGCUGUUCUUGGAUACUCAUCCAUGCUUUAUGACUUGAAACCAGAUGCUGGUUUUAAUGCAUUUAUGGAAUCUUUGAAAAAGUUGUGGAAAGCACUAGAAAGUGAUCCAGAUCUUCCAAAGAAGCUGCGUGACACUGCCCGUCAUCUAGAAUGGUUGAAGUCUGUAAAGGACAGCCAUGGAUCUGUGGAGUUAUCCUCAUUGUCUUUGGCUACAGCUAUUAAUAAUAAAGGCAUCUAUAUCAUCCGAUCACAACAACAUAAAAAGUUAUCAUUAGACACUGCUUUACAAUUGAAGAUACCAGAGGAGCAUGAAGAAGGUUUUCCAGAAUUUCGUCACUAUUCCUUAGAUGACAUCAAAGAGCUUCAAAAUAAACUGAUGUUGAUGUCUGGGAAAGGUGAACAGGGACAGUAUGAAGUUGACCAUUUUGUGGAGGUUUUUUCAAAUGUCCAGAGGCUUGCCACAACUUUUAUUGACUUGUACUCUGCUGGAAAUAUGCUUUUCAGAGAAUGGGAAGCAACCAUUACUUGUUCUGGAAAUAAAGAGGUGUGUCUGGUUAUGGAUUUUCACCUUGAAGACAAAAUAUAUGACAUAGUUGUAACUGGUGAAGCUGUAGAAGAGCUACCAGAACUCUGCAGGAGGAUGGAAAAGUGUUUUGAGUCUUGGAAAGUUUACAUAGACAGAAGCAGAUCGCAAUAUUAUUAUUUAAACUAUUAUACUGCUGAGCAAAUUGUUUUCUUGUGUAAACAAUUAUCUGAUAAAAACUGGAACAAGUUAGAAGAUCAAGUUCUGAUAAUGCUGUCAUUUAUCAAGGCUGAUUGUACUCUUGAUGAUAUCAGAGAGGCCUGGCAUCAGUGGACAUACAACAGUAUUGCCAAGCAUUCAGAAGAGGACUUUGAUAUAUAUCUUGAAUCUUUUCAGGCGGAAGUCACCAUGGACAUCAGCAGUUCCUCAAACUCUCUUUUACAUACUGUAAAAGACAGGUACAAUAUUAAAUAUCUUCCAGGACUACUGUCUAAUGUAACAGCUGUAGAUCAGGUAGAAAUCAUUUGGACGUUUUACAUGAACAAUAUGGAAUUCUUUCUUCCACACUGUUUAAAGGUCAGCACAUUAGGGGAAUUACUGGCAGUUUUGGGUAAUAUGCAGAAGAAUUUGGUCUGCAGGAAACUGCCAACAUUUUUGCAAGAAGGACGUCCAAACCUCAUAAGUUGUCACACUUCUGAAGUUCUCCUGUCUUCAUUGUAUAUCUACAUGUACAGUGGAAAAGAACAGCUACCAACCUAUGAUGAAGUCCUUUUGUGCACAGCUGACACAGCCUACGAACAAGUAGAGCUGUUCAUAAGGAGAUGCUUGUCCACACAGUACAAGGGCAGUAAGAUUUACACAAUGUUAUAUGCUGAUCGGCUGCCUUAUGAAGUGGGUUUCAGGUUUGAACAGCUCUUUCAAAGACUUGAAAAGCAAAGCAAGAAGGAUUACAAAUUGGUUGUGAUCUGCAGCUCUACUGGGGAACAUUGCUACAUUCCUUCAGCAUUUAGUCAGCACAAGGUGCACAUAACACUGCAUGAACCACUUGAAAAAAUCCAGACAUAUCUCUCCAGCCACUACAAAGUUCCAGAGUCAGUAUCCUCUGCAGCUUCUGUAUUCAAAGACAGGAUGUUUGUGGGAAUUGUGUCUUCUAAAAGAGCAGGUGUUGGAAAAUCCCUGUAUAUUCACAGACUUUUUGAAAGUCUACAGGAGGAAAAAAGUGAAGUUGAUUUGAAAUGUAUUAGACUGACUGAACCAAAGGUUGAUGAAAACAAAAUAGUUCAGUCCAUAUUACCUGUGUUAAGUAUCUCUUCCAAGAAGAAACCAAUGAUUUUCCAUUUUGAUGUCACUUCUUCAGUUCAAAAAGGUCUAACUGAGUUUCUCUACAAAAUGAUGGUGCUGAAUUAUUUAAUGGACUCAGAAGGACAAAUGUGGGUAUGCAGAAAAACUCAUCUAUAUGUCGUUGAAAUCCUUGAAACCCUGGAAGUCCAAAAAAAACCCAGCAGACAUGGAUCCAGUGCUGCUCAGUAUAAUUUUUUGGAUAUCUUCCCAAAGAUUUUUUGCAGACCACCAAAGGAAGUACUUGAUAUUGAUAUGAACAAGCAAGAGAACUAUAUGAAUAAGCAAGAUAACUCUUUUUCAGACCCAUUAAUGGAUGACAAGGAAUUUAAAAGUGAAGCAUUUCAGAGACCCUAUCAGUAUCUUAAAAGAUUUCACCAUCAAAUCAGUCUUGAUAGUUUUACUUACCAUGGUGUUGAAGGAACACAUGUUGAGUGCUUACAGUUGUUUUUUAUAUAUUGUGGCAUAGUGGAUCCAUCAUGGGCAGAGUUGAGAAACUUUGCUUGGUUUCUGAAUUUACAGCUAGCAGAUUGUGAAAACUCAGUUUUCUGUGAUUUUAAUCUUGUUGGUGAUACUUUACAGGGUUUUAAAAUGUUUGUAGUUGAUUUUAUGAUUCUUAUGGCUAGAGAUUUUGCAACACCCUCCCUUAUUAUUUCUGACCAGAGUCCUGGAAGAAACCAGGUAAACUGGGAUGGGGUUAAUGAAGAAGAUCUUGCCCCUUUCUGUAUUAGAAAGAAAUGGGAAUCAGAACCGCAUCCUUACAUUUUCUUCAAUGAUGAUCAUAAUUCUAUGACUUUCAUUGGCUUUCAUCUCCAGCCAAAUAAGCAACAAGGGGUUGAUGCUAUCAAUCCCACAAAUGGCUUGAUUAUAAAGAAAAACAUUAUGACUCAGCAACUCUAUGAAGGUCUUAAACUUCAAAGGGUUCCAUUUAACAUAAACUUUGAUGAACUUGAAAGAGGUGAGAAGAUAGAGCGUAUUUGCAAUGUGCUUGGGAUACAGUGGCCCUUAGACCCUGAUGAAACCUAUGAACUGACUACAGACAAUAUAUUAAAGAUGCUUGCUAUUCACAUGAGGUUUAGAUGUGGUAUUCCUGUUAUCAUAAUGGGAGAAACUGGAUGUGGGAAAACAAGGCUUAUCAAGUUUCUGUGUGAGCUACGAAGAAGUGGCGUUGCAACUGAAAAUUUAAAACUAGUGAAAGUUCAUGGAGGAACAUCUGCAGAAAUAAUUUAUUCCAAGGUCAGAGAAGCAGAGCUGAUUUCUAUUGACAAUAAGCAGAAAUAUGGAUUUGAUUCUGUUUUAUUUUUUGAUGAGGCCAACACAACUGAAGCUGUAAGCAGCAUUAAAGAAGUUCUUUGUGACAAAACUGCUGAAGGAUAUCCUCUUAUUGCUAAUUCAGGUCUGCAGAUCAUAGCAGCCUGUAAUCCCUACAGGAAGCAUACAGAUGAGAUGAUUAAACGCCUAGAGUCAGCUGGCCUCGGGUAUAGGGUCAGAGCUGAAGAAACUGAAGAGAAGCUUGGUUCUAUUCCACUGAGGCAGCUUGUGUACAGAGUGCAAGCAUUACCUCCAAGCAUGAUUCCUCUAGUCUGGGACUUUGGUCAAUUAAAUGACCAAACCGAAAAAAUUUAUAUUAAGCAAAUAGUACAAAGAGUGGUUCACUCUGCCUCAAUAAUGGAGAAUUACACAGAAAUAAUAACAGAUGUGUUGUCUACUUCACAGCGUUUUAUGAGACAGAGAAGUGAUGAAUGCAGCUUUGUCAGUUUGAGGGACGUGGAACGAUGCAUGGCUGUUUUUGAAUGGUUCUUUAAGAAUCAUGUGAUGCUGCUUAAAGAGCUAAAUGCUUUUCUCAGUAAAAUUUCUCAAGGCAGAAAUAAACCACAAGAAAGAGAUCCAAUCAUCUGGUCACUGGUAAUGGCAGUAGGAAUUUGCUAUCAUGCCUGUUUGGAAAAAAAGGACUCUUACAGAAAGAAAAUUUGUGUGCAUCUGCCUGAACCUUACCGUCCAGCUAAGGUUUUAAAAGAAAUCUUACUCAUGCAAGAUCUUCUUCUUAAUGGUGUUCCUUUGGGAAAGACAAUUGCUCGAAACAAUGCAUUGAAAGAAAAUGUUUUUAUGAUGGUAAUCUGCAUUGAGCUGCGUAUCCCACUCUUUUUAGUAGGCAAACCUGGUAGCUCCAAGUCCUUAGCCAAAACGUUAGUGGCAGAUGCAAUGCAAGGCCAGGCAGCACACUCUGAUUUAUACAAGCAACUAAAGCAGAUCCACCUUGUGUCUUUCCAGUGUAGUCCUCACUCCACGCCUGAGGGCAUUAUUAACACUUUCAAACAAUGUGCUCGGUUCCAAGAAGGUAAAAAUUUGAAUGAGUACAUUUCUGUGGUUGUCUUGGAUGAAAUUGGCUUAGCUGAAGAUUCACCCAAGAUGCCUUUGAAGACCUUACAUCCACUUCUAGAAGAAGGGUGCAUUGAUGAUGAGCCUCUCCCCCAUAAAAAAGUAGGCUUUAUUGGCAUAUCUAACUGGGCUUUAGAUCCAGCCAAGAUGAACCGUGGUAUUUUUGUUUCUCGUGGGGAUCCAGAUGAGCGAGAAUUAAUAGAAAGUGCUAAAGGGAUCUGUUCUUCAGACCCAAUGAUACUUAUGAAAGUACAAGGCUUCUUUAAAAUUUUUGCAAGAGCCUAUUUACAAAUCUGUAACAAGCGAAAUAAAGAAUUUUUUGGACUCCGGGAUUAUUACAGCUUGAUAAAAAUGAUAUUUGCUAACACAAAAGGAUCUGGGCAGGAGCCAGGAGUGGAGGAUGUUGCAGUGGCAGUUCUACGAAAUUUUAGUGGAAGAGAUGAUAUCAACGCAGUAGAAAUCUUUACUGUACAUUUUGAUAGAAAACUUGAACAGGAAUCCAUUAACACAGUUGAACUUAUAAGACAAAAUAUUUGUGCGGACACACAGGAUGGAGAAUGCCGUUAUCUUCUUGUUUUGACCAAAAAUUAUGCUGCCCUUCAGAUACUUCAGCAAACUUAUUUCUUGGAUCAAAACCAGCCUGAAAUUAUCUUUGGGUCCAGCUUUCCGAAAGAUCAAGAAUAUACCCAGAUUUGCCGCAAUAUCAACCGUGUAAAGAUCUGCAUGGAAACAGGCCAAACGAUUGUUCUACUGAACCUUCAAAAUCUGUAUGAAAGCCUUUAUGAUGCCCUUAAUCAGUAUUAUGUGUGCCUCGGUGGACAAAAGUAUGUGGAUUUGGGACUGGGCACGCAUCGUGUUAAAUGUCGAGUGCACAAGGACUUUCGUCUUAUUGUCAUUGAGGAGAAAGAUGUUGUCUAUAAGCAGUUCCCUAUCCCUCUUAUUAACAGGCUUGAAAAACAUUACCUUGAUAUCAAUACAGUUCUUAAAAACAACCAGAAAAGGAUUGUCCAGGAGUUAGAGAGUUGGGUGAAUGUUUUUGUUCAUGUUGAUAAUCAGCAUGUCGGCAUAUUAGAAAAACAGGCCUAUAGCCCAUCGGAUGUCUUCAUUGGCUAUCAUUCAGACACUUGCGCGUCAGUAGUUUUACAAUUGGCUCAACGACUUAAGGGAAAUUUGGAAGGUUUUGAAUUGAUAAGACAAGUAUUGGAAGAGGCUAAAAGCAUUCUGUUAAACUGUGCUACACCUGAUUCUGUAGUGAGGUUAAGCUGCACUGCUUUGUCAAAUGUGGAGGCAGAACAUUGGCUAAAGGAAUACUUUGAAGUUCGGAAGCACAGCUGCCUGGCUGACUUUCUUAUUUCACAUGAAAAGCAGAAGGAUUGCUGUCAAACAGUAUUCUGUGAGGUUACUACUUUUUCAAGACUUCUUACAGCAUGUGAUGUUGAGACCUUGGGAAGAGAAAUUGGUGCCAAGUACAAAAUAGAGUUGCUCUCACUGCAGCAAUUUGAUACAGAACACUCGUUUUUAAGAAAAAUUAGGUGUUUUCUUUGUGAUGGAUAUUCAAACAAAAUUCUGAUCAUUCAGUCUGACUUUGAAAACAGUACUCAAAGUGCCAACCUCAUUGCUUCUGCAAAAUACGCUGCAAUCAAUGAAAUUAACAAAUGCCUCACAAAAGACGUAUCAGUCUCCAUUUAUUUUGUAACAAAGCUUCCAAGAGUGCAAGGUGGGACAUCAUAUGUAGGAUUUCAAGGAGGUCCUUGGAGUUCUGUUCAUAUUGAUGAUCUCAGAAAGUCAAAGGAUAUAGUUUCUGAAAUUACAGCUCUGAAAAACAUGACAAUCAGUCAGUUGUUUGAAGAAAAAGCUGAAGCUAUGGAAGUAGAUGACAGUGAUCAAGAAGUAGAAGCAUCAAAAACUGAUGAGAAAGUUAAAUCUGAAACUAUUUUGGACACAACCUCGCUGAUUCGGUGCUGUGUACAGAAUGCCGUGGGGAUGCUUAGAGACAAAUUUGAGGGAUCCAGCCGAAGCACAAAACGUGUACAGAUUCUGCUGGAGCUGUUAGGAGGUAACAAAGAAAAUGAAGUCAACCAACCAACAGAUUCAUUUUUGAACAUCUUGAAGAGAAGGCUGCAUGGAAUGCUGGCUGCGUUGGAUGAAGCAGCAUUUUCAGCACGUGGCUGGGUUUUCAAGGAAGCAUUAAACGUCAAUGCACUUCAUGAAGGGGGGACAUUCAGGCAUACUUUGUGGAAGCGCAUCCAGGCUGUUGUUACUCCUCUCAUGGCACAGAUUAUAUCUGUUAUUGACAGAGACUGUAAUUUGGAUUUACUAAUUGACAGCAAUUCUGACUGCUCUGUUAAGAGGCUCUGGAUGGACAUAUUUGGGGAUGAAAAAUUACUUUGCAUUCGCUGUGAGAGAUUUAAUGUAAAGAGUGCAGUAACAGUAAAUGCAAAAUUUCGAAACCGAUGCAAUGCAUUUUUUAUUGAUAUGGUAUCAACGUUGUGCUUUAAAGACAAUGAACCACCUACUGAAAAUAUUAUUUUUCAUCUCCUUGUCCUUGCUGAUUUCCAAACUGAAACAAAGUCAUUAUUAAAGAAAGGUUGUGAAUUCUUCACAAAGUCUUUGUCUCCCUUUGAUGAUUCUGUGGACAGAAAUCGUGUUCGAUCUAUUGUGCUCAAACUUUUGUUAAAGUACAGCUUUAAAAAGGUUAAAAAGUAUCUGGAAAGGCAUUUAUCUGCAGUUAAAAAAGUAACCUUUUGAAAGAAGGAAGACAAAACAGAACUGUAUUCCUUGUUCAUAACUGUCUUGAGGACUCAAUAUGCUCAGAAUGUUAAAGGAACUUUAUAUCUGAAAAGUAUCAAAGAAUUUUGUGAUAAAAGCAAGAACAACUGGUACAGAAUUUACAUGGUUCGAAAUGUCUGCAGGCAGCAAGGCAUGGAGUUUGUCCAGCAGUUGUUGAAGGAAGGAAGUUUUGCAUGGAUUUUCCCUUCUGAAAUUGCUCAGCAUCAGUCUGACCAGACAGCCCAAAUGGACCCAUAUCUCAUAUGUGGUGAAGAUUAUAAAUGUUUGAGAGAUGCUGUUGGGAAAGCAAUGAUUGAAGGAAAAGGUGAACGCAUAACAGAGGCCCUCAAGAAAUGUCAAAGUCCAGCCAAUAAGCAAGCAGUUUACCUGAUCCUAGCCAUUUUCCGUGAGGUUACUAUGUUGUAUGGAGCAACAGAUCCAAAUGUCCAUCCCAAAAAACUUCAAUGUGACACAAUUUUGAAUUGCAUCAAUUCACUAGAGCUACUUGAAAAAGACCAAUUGAAACAGUUUGCCGCUGCCUUGGUUCGAAAUGAAUUUGUGCCCAUCAUUGUCAGACCAGGACUUCCCAGCUCACUGUCCACGGUAUUUGAACUAACAAUUCACACUGCUGCUGUCUUACUGUGUGGGACCAGUGAAGUUCUCACUCCUCUGCAACGACUUGCUUUUACUCCAAGAGAUAUGAAGAAUUCCUUUUUGCCAACCAUGCCUGAAGAUAUGCUGCAUAUUGCUCAGCAAGCUCUAGGGCCUCUGCAGUGGUAUACUUGUCCAAAUGGCCAUCAUUGUACCAUUGGCGAGUGUGGACAGCCAAUGGAAUUCGGAAAAUGUGUUGACUGUGGUUCUCAAAUAGGAGGAGCAAAUCACUUGCCAAUUCCAGGAUUUAUCGUAGCUCAAAUUGGAGAUGACCGAACUCAGACUGGCCAUGUCCUUGGAGACCCUCAAAAUAGAUCAAAUGCUGCUGUCACAGAUACAAGAGAGCUGUCUUCUGGGCAGUUUAUAUUGCUGCGUAUAUUAACUCAUGUGUCAAUGAUGUUGGGAGUGUCACAGGAUCUCAAUUCAUUAUCACAGAUUAUAAAGCCAACAGUUCCUAAUCCUGCAGAGUUUCUUGCUGACCAUUUAUUAAAAGAUAUGGAGCAACUGACAAAAAUCCUAGGCAAAGGUGUUGAUGACACCUCAAACAUUAUUCAUCUGCUGCUCUGUAGUCUAAAGGAUCAAAAUACUUGGCCUGGAGGAUUUGACCCAAAACUUACAACCAAAGAAGCAAGAAAUAACUGGGAAAAAUAUGUUGCUACCAAUAUUAUUGCAUGUGUACUUCAAAAUGUAGAUUAUCAGUUGCAGGUGGUCAAUGGAGUGAUUAGAAAUGACAAGCGGAUUUCCUCGAAUCCUGUGGUAAAAAUUGUAUAUGGGAACCCCAAGGCUUUCAUGACUACACUUCCAGAUGAUGUCAUUCACUGUAAUUCAAUCUGGAACUGUAGAGAGAAAAUUACACUAGAACGCAUGUCACACAUUGUUGAGCAGAAAAAUGGCAAGGAUUACUUUCCUGUUCUAUGGAAGUUUCUUCAAAAGGAAUCUGAGAUUAAACUGGUGAAGUUUCUUCCGGAAUUGCUUGCCCUACAGAAGGAGUUGGUGAAAAAGUUCCAGAAUGUGACAGAUAUCAACAACUGUACAAUUGCACAAUUCAUUAAAAGUGACUUAGCAGAAUCGACACGAGACUUGUACAAGAGAAGAAUACAGAACUUUCUGACAGUAUGGAAUCAGCUUAGAACCUCUUUGGCUACUAAUGGUGAAAUUAAAAUCCCAGAAGAGUACUGUAAUGAAGACUUGAACUUGGAAAGUGAUUUUCAGGUGCUGCUGCCAAAACGUCAAGGCCAGGGUCUGUGUUCCACAGCCUUAGCAAGCUACCUCAUUGCUGUUCACAAUGAACAGGUCUACAGUGUAGAAAAGUUCAUUGGAGAAACACAAAAAUACUCCAUAAAUCCAUCUGAUGUGACUGACAUUCAUGUGAUCAGAUAUGAGGUGGAAAGAGACUUAAUCCCUCUGAUUCUAUCAAACUGUCAAUACACUAUGGAAAGUGGACAGGAAACUCUGCCAGAAUAUGAUUUGCCGAAGAUUGAACAGCAUUUGAUACAUAGGUUUCUCAUGGGCAAACCUUUCAUUACUCUAGCUGGAAUACCAACAUUGGUCAACAGAUAUGACAAAAAAUAUGAAAAUUUAUUCAGAGAUAUUAAGGGCAAACUUCCUCAGACUUCCCUUCCAAAUUUGAUCAUUACCACUCUAAGUGGAGAGUUUCAGUCAUACAAUGAUGUUUGUGAUGCACUAUCAGUUGUUGAAGUGGCACUGGGAUUCUUGGCUAUGACUGGUGGCGAGCCAGAUAUGCCACUGGUGAGGUACGUUGAAGACAUCCUGCAAAUGAGAGAUCAGAUAGCUGCCUGUAUUCUAAAGGCAUUAAGCAGAUGUUACUUGAAACAUGUAAUAGCACUGUGGCAGCUUUUAACAACUAGAAAGUCACAGUGGAUGUUGCGACUGAAAAGGGACCCUUUCAUUGAGCUGAGUUCUGAGUAUAAACAGCCCCUUUCAGACAAUGACCAAAGCCAUCUCACUGCCUUCCUCAUGCAGAGCAAUGUGGAUAUCUUUCUUCUGGAAAUUAAUGAGUUUAUGCUGCUAAACCUAAAAAGUGUUCGAGCCUUGGACACUUUCAAACCAACAUGGGGCCUGAAGCACACCCUGAUUCCCUACAUUGAAGGAAAAGACCAAGAAGCACCACCAGAGAUUGAGGAUUUGCCUGAAGAAAUCUUGCUGUCUCACAUUGUUGAAACCUGGAAAUUAGCUGUUGCCACAAAACAAGACAGCUUAGUGAAUGGUGUCCUGUGACAUACUCCUUUUUGUUUUUGUAGUUUUCAGAUAUGUUUUAAUGGCUUGGCAGUACUAAAUGAAAGCUUAAUAGCUGUGUUUGUUCUUAUGUACCAGAAAGUACAUAAACCAUUUUCUUAAUGCACUUUUAACUCAGAACAAUAAUUUGUUAUUGUGCCUAAAAGUUACCUGCUGGAUACACUUGGCUUUUCCUCAAAACAGGGUUUCCAAGCAGUUCCAGAAUGAGCACAGAAUGCUCCUCUUUAAUCAGUCCUAUCUAUUCAGGUAUAAUUUGUAACAAUUUUGAAAACUGUGUAUAUGACCAUAAGAAUUAUUGAACUUAACUUGCACUUAGUACUUGAUAUUAUGGUUUUGCCCUACAUGCGAUUCAUUGUAAAUGUUCACUGCAUUUAUUGGUUUUCAUUUAAUUUAAAAAGCAAGUUUCCAUUGGUUUCCAUUGCUUAGGCGUAUGCAGUCACAUAAGAUAAGAUGCAGAACCAGCAGCUUAGCAGUACCACUCAUUGUUUUGCUAAAUUGUUAUCCCUUUUGCUCCUGUGAUAUACUACAAACUUGGCACUUAAUUACUUCUGAUAAGUUUUGGGCAGCAAACCAUACCCUUUUUGUUAUAAGAAAGCUUUUAUUAUAAAAUUGUAAGAUAAUAACAUGUGCUGCUGCUUCACUGCCAUGUGGUUCCAUGUUUACAGAUGCUCGUUCUCUUAAGUUGUUCUGAAGCCAUACUGUAUGUUAGAUGGCACAAGGCAAAUCAGCAAUAAUACUUUCGAUGUGAUGUCAGAUUAUGGAUAAAGUAGCAGGCAAACCACAGUGGACCUUAGUCGUAGUUGUGCCUUCAGAUCUUCCAUGUGUCCUAAGACAAAUUCCAUCAUUAUGAGUUUAAUGCUAUAUAUUUUAGUCAAAAGCACAUGCUCACUGGCAAUCCUUAAAGUAAUAAAUGUAUUAUUAUAAUUUGAUCAAAGCCACUGAUGUGUAUUAAAUGUAUAUUAAAUGAAUUCAUGAUAGACAAAUGGUGUCAAAUGUUCAAGGAAAAAUAUACAAGUCUCAAAAAUAAAAUCACACUUCCAUG